AUGAAAUCUGAAACUGUUGAUGAGAAGAUUGUUGAGAUUGAGCAGGUCGGUGAAGCAGAAAAAGUGACUGAAGCUGAGAAAGUGGUCGAAGCUGAAAAGAUAGUUGAAAUUCAAAAGAUUGUAGAGGUCAUCAAGCCAUGUUCAAAGUGUCUUGAACCUUGCAAAGAAUGUGCAGCCAAAGACGAGAAGCUAGUAGAGUAUGAGAAGAUGAAGGUGCAGUUGCUGUUCAAUCUCAAUUAUGUGAAAGAAUCUUAUGAUGUCUUGAAUAGAACGGAACCGUAUCUUCAAGCGGUUACUCCACCGCCUUUACCCGUUGAGAAACCACCUCCACAACCACCACAACCACCUCUUGAGCCACCUAGGCGAAGGAGGAAUGCACGGAUGUCCGUGCGAGGGGGACCAAGAUUUAGUUCCCCUCAAGCUUCAAGUACAUACCCUCCUAUUCCUAAUGAUCCACAAAUGAGUGGACCUUCACAUGCGGUGCCGGAAGAUGAUCCCCCGCCAGUUACUUUUGCACCACCGCCACCGGCAGUGGGUUUUGAAAACCCAAUACCAACAUACCCAGCUUCAUCUGGGUAUAACCCAUUUGAAUAUCCAACUCCUACGUAUUAUGGAUAUCAAGCCCCUGCCCAAGAUCCUUAUCUUGAGGCAGCUCAAUUUAAUGCACUUUAUCCUUCGCCAUUUCCUCCAGUAUACCCAACUGGGUAUCCUGUGCAUGGGUAUCAAUACCCACCUUAUCAACAACAACCUCCCCAUCCUCAACAAAUUCAAACUCAACAAAUUCUGCAGAGGUUGGACCAGGUUGAGCAAAAAGCGGACGAAACCAAUAAAAAGCAUAACAAAUUUCUUAAAGGCCUUGCGAACCUCAUAAAGGGCAAAAAGAAGUAG